GCCGGCACCCCUGCCCCCCCCAGGGGGCUGGGCCAAGGUAUAAAUAGGGGUGGUGGCUGCAGCAGCAGCACACCCAGCCCGGGACAACCAUGCUCGCCCUGGAGGCCGCACAGCUCGAAGGGCCACACUACAGCUGUCUGUACCCAGAUGGAGUCUUCUACGACCUGGACAGCUGCAAGCACCCUGGCUACCCAGACUCGGAGGGGGCUCCUGACUCCCUGUGGGGCUGGACUGAGGCCCCAGCUGUCCCGGCCGCCUCCUUUGAAGCCUAUGACCCGGCCGUGGCCACCUUCAGCCACCCCCAGGGUGUCCAGCUCUGUUACGGACCCUCAGCCUACAGCCCUGCGGGGAGCCUCGACCUGGCCCCCAGCCUGGAGGCCCCGGGGCCCGACUUCCGGGCGUACCCCACGGAAGACUUCCCCAGCCAGACCCUCGGCCCCCUGGCGCAGCCCCUGUACCCCAGCCCCGUGCUGUCGGAGGAGGAGGAUCUCCUGCUGGACAGUCCCACUCUGGAGGUCUCAGACAGCGAGUCGGAUGAGGCCCUCAUGGCUGGCUCCGAGGGGAGGGGAUCCGAGGCAGGGGCCCGCAAGAAGCUGCGCCUGUACCAGUUCCUGCUGGGGCUGCUGACGCGCGGGGACAUGCGCGAGUGCGUGUGGUGGGUGGAGCCGGGCGCCGGGGUCUUCCAGUUCUCCUCGAAGCACAAGGAGCUGCUGGCGCGCCGCUGGGGCCAGCAGAAGGGCAACCGCAAGCGCAUGACCUACCAGAAGCUGGCGCGCGCCCUGCGCAACUACGCCAAGACCGGAGAGAUCCGCAAGGUCAAGCGCAAGCUCACCUACCAGUUCAACAGUGACCUGCUGUCCGCCCCGCACCGCGCCUGAGCCCGGGGGGCGCUCUCCGGGGCUCCACGCCUGUGUCACGUCGGCGUCCCCACACCCUAGGUCAGAGGACCCGUGCAUCCCCACGCUGCGGGGCGAGCAGGGCUGCCGUCAUCUCUAAACACUGCCCCGGCCCCUCUGGGACCCCCCCGGGCCCCGAUCUUGUCUGGGGCCCCUCUGGGAUUCCCUUGUCAUGUCCAGGAGCCCCGGGAUCCUCAUGUCUCGGGUCCUAGGACCUGUAGACGACUCUGCUAUGUGUCUGUGUGGAGGGGGGGCGGGGUAGUGCUUCCAGCAUCCCAAGAACGCCUCUGGGAUCCCCUUAUGAUGUCUGAGAUCCCCCAACCAGGCCGGGGACCUCUCUGAGAUCCCUUGUGUGUCUAAGACCCCCUCAAUCUCAUCUGGGGGACAGUGAGCCCGCAGAUCGUCACACCAGGAGGUGCGCCCUGCCAGCGACCCGGAGCCCUGGCCCGGGUCUCUCUGGGAUCCCCUUCUCAUGUCUGGGUCCCUCAAGUCAGAUCUGGGAUCUCCUAGUGAUGUCUGGGCCCUCUGCGAAUUCCUUAUCACGUCUCAGAUCUCCGUGCCCGGCCAGCUGUGACUCUUGUGUCCUCUCUGUCCCCCCAAGUGCUUUUGUCAUCUUUGAGAUUCCCCUAGUUCUCUGGAACUUUUCUGUGUCUGGAAUUCUCCAGUCACAUGUGGGGCCCCUCCGGGAUCCUUUCGUCACGUCUGAAGUCACCGUUGUCAAGUCUGGGGGGGACCUCAGUGAACCUUGUCGUGUCUGGGUCACCUCUGGGACACCCUCGUUUGUCUGGGAUCCUCCCAUCGCAUCUGAGCGCCCCCCCACCCCCGUCCUCAUCUGAAAUGCCUCUUCGGGGACCCCACCAGCAGCCUUGAGUUCUCAAGGGGUCCCUUCUUCUGGGUGCCCUGGGAGGGCCGUGCUGGGGAUCAGUCUGGCCAGUCAACCGAUUUCUGCAUGAUCCUGGCAGCCCUCCCAUGUCAUUUCUAACCAGAGGCCUCAAACUGGUGACACCCUCCGCCGGCCCCGCGGGGCAGAUCAGCUCCCUGGUGGUGUUUAGUUUGCUGUGGUGGGUUUAGUGUGUGUGGUUUUUUUUUUUUUUUGGCGUUUUUUUUUUUUUUUUUGACGGGGGAUACGAAUUAGCUGACAUUUCAAAAUAAGGCGGUUUUGCAUACUCCUCCACUUAAAACUUGGCACAGUCCAGCAACGGUGGGCCAGCUUGGCGGUGUGGAGGGGCUGGAGCAGGGUGGCGCCCCCUCCUAAUGGGACCUGUGUUCUCCAGUCUGCCCAGGGCCCUGCCAUCACCCCUGGCUGUCACACCCCAGUGGCUUCGCUCAGUCGCCCGUUGGGCCCCACCCAUUUGUGUUUUGACCCCUGGUGUGAACCGAGCCGGAGGUGAAGCCUGGAUGAACCGUGGGAGCUGGGAUCGGAAACCCCCCUGGGGCGUCCGCGGCUGUGGGCUGCGAGACCGGAGUCCCAGGUCCCUGAGCCUGGGUGGCUGGGGGAUCUGGGGUGAAAGACUUCCUGCUCCUGGGCCUCAGUUUGUCCCUUCCAUGAAAGGGGAGAGGAGGAGGAGGAAGAUGGCAAAAGUCCCUUGCAGCCCUGCCGGGCAGAGCAGGCCUUUGACACAUCCUCUGAAACCCACCCACCACCCACUGACGGCCGCGAGGAGCGUGCGGAAGGAGCGCGAGGACCCACAGAGGGAGGAGGUCCUCCUGGGAGCGCCCAGCGGCUGGCAGCGGAGCCCAGGCUGGGACCUGCUCUCAAGAGGACAGCGCCCCCCUGGACGGGGGCGGCGUGGGAGGGGCGUGUGGGGGACAGAAUGUCCCCCCAGGGCCUCCUCUUGCAAAUAAGGUGCCUUUUGCAAAAACUACCAUCGUCACCCCAAGUGUGGAAUAAAAUAAACUAAAGAAACAAAUCAAGGCA